AUGUCGACUACCGACACUACCGCCUCGAAACCUGUUGCGAAGGUGCCUCCCUCCGAUGACGAGAUGGUCGAGAUCAAGGUCGCGGACGGUAAAACGCUCUCCGUGAGGGCGAUUGUUCGCUGGUGCUCGAGCUGUACUGAGCGCCAUCGCUCUCUUUCCCUUCCUAGCUCGGUAUUCCGUGAUGCGAUUCAUAUGCAAGCUCUGUCCGAGAGCAACACCGGCGGCAUCAAGGCCAAGAAGCUGGAUCUGGAGAUGAAAUGCAGUCUGGUGGCUGCCAAGUUGUUGUUCGCCCUGCUGGCCGGACAAGACUACAAAAGCCUCGCCAGCACUUCUCCUAACAACGACCAGGAACUGCGCGAUCUCUUGACAACGCAGAACCGUGAUAUCCCCCUCGUCCCCGUUUUUCGAGAUGUUCUCGCUCAGGCCGACUUCUUGGAUAUACCGUUCGUGCCCCAACUAUUGGUCUCGAUGCUUUCUCCUAUCGGUCACCUCGGAAUGCAUCAAUCCAUCUCGGCCUUCGCGAUCGCUGUUCAGCUGGGUCACGUCGCAUUAGCAAAGUUCGCUGUCGAGCGCAUGGUCGGCCUACCCAAUCCUCUAGCAUUUGAAGACUCUACCGUCCGCAACCUGCAGAUGGAUGCGUGGAGAAUUCUAAUUCAAGCUUAUCAUAAGGCCAUAGUUCCCGCUCAAAGCUUAUACAAACGAGAAUUCAAUGGCAUCAGCCGUGCAUACGAAUAUGUGACGACCCAGGCAUCUCCCGCCUGGAUCGGCGAUGCCAAGCAAUGGAAACUCCUAUCCGAGGCCAUCGUAUUCAAAUGA